GUUCAAGCAAUAAACACAAAUUAAUUGCGUGGCGAAAAAAUGAAAAUUAAAGAGCUACAGAAGACUGUAAACAUUGCCUGGUCGCCAGCGCAGCAGCAACAAAUACUGCUGGCCGCCGGCACAGCGGCUCAGCAGUUCGAUUCGAAUGCAAGUGCCACAUUGGAGAUAUAUUCACCAAGCAUCGGCGAUGCCAGCUACGAUUUGGAGCUGAAGGCUAGCGUUCCGAGCGACUUUAAAUUUCAGAAACUCAUUUGGAGUCCGCACGGUGCAAAUGGCACGCAUGCAAAUGGAUUGAUUGUCGGCGGCUGUGAGGCUGGCCAUAUCAAUGUCUAUUCGGCUGCGAAGCUUCUAGCUAACGAGGAGUCGCUGCUGGCGCGUCAGGAUAAGCAUACCGGCGCAGUAAGCGGCUUGGACUUUAAUCCGUUUCUAAACAACCUGCUUGCGUCAUGUGCUUCUGAAUCGGAGAUUUAUAUCUGGGAUCUGAACAACCCGGUCAGUCCUCUGAAUCCGGGCGCAAAGACGCAGCCGCUGGAGGAUGUCAAGAAUGUCGCUUGGAACCGGCAAGUUCAGCACAUAUUGGCAUCUGUGUUCAGCACACGCUGUGUUAUUUGGGAUUUGCGCAAGAGUCAGCAGAUUAUCAAACUGUCGGACACGCAGUCACGCGUUAGAUGGCAUGCCAUUGAAUGGCAUCCUGAGGUGGCCACACAGGUAUGGCUGGCAUCGGAGGAUGAUCAGGCGCCGGUUGUGCAGCUCUGGGAUUUGCGUUACGCCACUGCACCGGCAAAAACAUAUCAGAUACACGAUCGUGGAGUGCUUGGCAUGUCGUGGUGCUUGCAGGAUACGGAUCUGAUGGUCUCAUGUGGCAAGGAUAAUCGCAUCUACUGCUGGAAUCCGAAUACCAAAAUACCCGAAGGCGAAAUACUUUCAGAGGUAGCCACCACGGCCUCUUGGUAUUCGGAUGUGCAGUUCUGUCCGCGCAAUCCUGCGCUGAUUGCCAGCGCCAGCUUAGAGGGAGCAGUUUCGAUAUACUCGCUGAAUGGCGGCACGCACCAUUUGGUGCAAACAUCCGAGAAAAUAGCCGACUCCUUUCCAGGAAUGGAUCAAUUUGCCCAGGCGCCACUGCCUCAGCAAGCCACUCAAGUUGUCUAUCACGAUCUGACGCACGCUCCCAAAUGGAUGAAGCGUCCCUGUGGCGUGUCGUUUGGUUUCGGGGGCAAGCUGGUUAGUUUCAACGCAACAUCGAAAACUGUGAAGGUAUCCCAGCUAACAACCGAGCCAGGUCUCGUGGAGCGUGCGAAUGCAUUGGAGUUGUCUCUGGCCGAGGCCAACUAUGCAGAUUAUUGUCGACAGCGUGCAGAUAAAUCAACGGAUCAGCACGGUCGCUACAUUUGGUAUUUCAUCAAGGCAAACUUUGAACUGAAUCCCAAAGAAGAAAUGCUCAACCUUUUGGGUUACAACAAGGAUGACAUCGAUGGAAAAUUUACAAAGUUUAUCAAAGAGGCCGAGAGCAACUCGCAGUCUGACGUAGAUACGCUCACGACCCGCAUAUCAACUCUUACACAUCAAACGAAUGACAACAAAACCCCAUUUGAUGGCGCCUCAAUCGACCCGCAAAACGACUAUGCUAGACCUCAGUUCAAAAUACCAAACGGUGAUCACACCGACAGCUUAAUUACGGAAGCCAUACUCACGGGCAAUGUUGAGGCUGCCGUGGAACUGUGCCUGGAGGCGCAGCGCAUACCGGAGGCACUAAUCAUAGCUUCUACAGCGGGCAUAGAGACGCUAACACGCACUCAGACCCGUUAUUUGCUGCAGCAAAAGAACGAGCUGUCCAAUGUCAUAUCGGCAUUGGUAACGCGCGAUUGGCUGGACUUUGUCAAUCGCUGUACCGUGGACUCCUGGAAAGAGGCUCUCGUAGCUGCGCUCAAGCACAGCGAGCGCAAAUUGGACGACAUUUGUGAGAGGCUCGGCGAUCGCCUGUUGAACGAGUCCGCCAGCAGCAUCGAGCUGACGCGCAAUGCCAUGCUAUGCUAUAUCUGUGCCGGCAGCAUUGAUAAGCUGGUAACCGCCUGGUAUCAGUUAAAGCAACUGGAGCAGCAGAAUAACAACUACAAGCUCAAUACAACGGAGCUGCAGGAGCUGGCCGAGGUAGUAAUGCUGCUAACCAAGUCAUUAGAACAGCAAGGCAUUGCUGUCGACUUGGCCGGACGCUUUGCCAGAUUUAUAUCUGAAUAUAGUGGACUACUGGCCUCCCAGGGUGCCCUGACCGCAGCUCUGCAAUAUAUAACAACGCUAAGUAAAGCCAAUGCGGAAAGCGAAGAUCUGAAUGAGUUGCGUGAGCGCAUUAGCAAUGCUGUCAAUGUGGAUCCCAUACAGCCAGCAGCAUCCGCUGCCGCUCCCAUGGGUUAUAUGCGUCAAAUGGAGCCGCGUGGUUCCUUCUCAAAGCCAGCCAAUCCACUGCCGUAUAACCCCUAUAAUGCAACAACAAAUGGAAGCUGGCAGCAGGCAGCAGCACCGCCAGCUGUACCUUUGCCGAGCGCACCUUUCCAGGCAGCUCAGCAACCAACACAAAUCUACAAUCCGCCUCAAAUGAAAGCAGAACCCGUAACGCAUCCGCCACGACCCCACAGCAAUGCUAGCUCCUCGGGCGGGCCCCCGGUGGCUACGUCAACUGGGUCUGGAUCCGGAUCUGGCCUCCACUCGCGCUCUAAAUACGUUUUAGAUCCUUCUGUGGCAGCGCCUACCAGCGCAUAUGGUAUGGCAUAUAACCCAGUUCCAGCUCCAGCGGCAGUUCCGUUUGGUGGCGCCCCUGUCUCACAGCCUGCCAGUGUACCACAGACUUAUAAUAGCAACGUCUUCAACACCAACCCUAUAUCUACGGCUCAACAAUACAACCCAGCUCCCUUCAUUGGGGCCCCACAAAGCAACUACUUGUCGGGUGCUGCACCCAUUGAGACAAUGCCAGUGGCUAAUGCACCGCCACCUCUUCUCCAAAAUAUACAACGUAAUCCUACGCCACCACCUGGCUGGAAUGAUCCACCAGCUUUGAAAUCCUCGCGUGUGCCAAAGCCACGACCAACAGCGGAAUCAACUGCAGCACCAAUACUUCAUCCACUAUACGGCGUUGAUCCGAAUCAGAAUCAGAACAGCCUUAUGGAUCCCAACCAGUAUCAGGGCGCUCCACCGCCAAGUGCUACAUCUUUCUACAAUCCAGCUGCCAAUAAUAAUCCGCAGGUCUUUCCACCUCAACAACAACAACAGCAAAUAAAUUUCCAACCAACGGCAGUGCCUAAUCAACAACAGCAACAAUACUGGCCGGGUCAGCCACAACAGCAAUCGUUCGGCUACACCGAACAGCCAGCACCAAUACAAGAACAGCGCCAACCAGAGCCGCCCAAGGAGAAGCCUCCACUCCCGGAGGAAUACAUUUACUUGCAAACCGUUUUGGAGGAGCUGAAAAACCAAUGCCUGAGCGCAACUAAUGAUCCGCGCACCAAACGAAAAUUUGUGGAUGUGGUGAAACGCUUGGAAAAUCUCUACGAUUGCUUGCGCGACGGACGGCUAACGGCCACAACUGUGCAACAUCUGAAUCAAAUUGUGCAGUAUAUACAAAUAGCCGACUAUGCAAAUGCCCUGGAGGUGCAUACACGCAUUGCAUUUGGCACGGACUUUUCGCAGUGUGCGGGCUUCAUGCAGGGCCUAAAAGUUUUACUUCAAUCGGCAGCGGAGCUGCACCUGGUUUUGCGCUAGUUUACGAUUAUUUGUGGUU